AUGUGGGCGAGCAAGGGUUUUGCCAACCUGCAGAAAACAUACGAUGAGAGUUACUUGACAUGCUCGACAGCCGUUUACUACGAAAGCCAGGGAGAUGAGAAGGAGGCUAUGCGAUGUUGGAAAUCAGCGCUGGACAAGAUGACGCGCAAUGGCCCGAACAAGCCCAACUACUCGCCUAGGACCGAGACUGAGCGGGCACUUGUCGAAAGCAUUGAAAAACUAGAAAUACAGUGCAAGGAGCGAAUUGACUUGCUGGAAGCGUUGAGGUUAUCACGACAAGAAGAGCCUACAUUACGAAGAUCGUCCUCGGGCGAAGCAGCUGACUCCCCGCUUGGGACACCAUCUUCGGAGCGAGGAUGGAUAGGCGAUGGGACUAUACCAGCUUUGACUUAUCCGGAGCUGUCGAAACCAGCGCUGCCCCCACGACCAUCACUAUCCUCAAGAAAAUCGUCGGAGCAGGCCGUCGUUGGUCGCAGCCCCGGUACAAGCAGUCUCGAUUCAAGGUUCCCCGCAUCGUCAGCCAGACAUCCACCGUCGUUACCUCCAUACGGCACGAUAACCCCGGAGAAGGCAUCAUCAAGAUCGCAGAGUCCGGACAAGCGCACCAUGCGGACAACGCUGCGAUCAGGAAAAUCAGAAAAAACACUCAGGCUGUCUCGAAAACCUGUAUCAAAACCGGCUGAUAGACCUGGGGCAAGCAAGGCAGCUACUCUGGCAUGGACCAGUCAUGGUGCGAAAGAUGAUGCUGAUAGAUCCUCGUCUGUCGGUGUUCCCACUGUUGGUCGUGCUUCUUACGAUGGCCUUUCGAGAUCAUCCCUAGAGCAGCCUCGGAGAUCAGCUGCUGUAUCACAGUCUUCUUGGGACAGCCAUACUAGGAGGUUAGUCAAAUCUCCAGAGAAUGGUGCAUUUGACCCUUCAAGCCCAGAUUCGCCCGGAACAAGACCUCUUGAUGAAUACGCGAAUCCCUACUCCUCUACACUUGCGGUUGGUGCAGCAUCUAGUGCCCUAAGUGGGCUGUCCAUCCACGACAGGCGAGAUUCAAUAUCUACGUCGAAUGUCGCAGACCGCUCUUCGCGAUCGAAGAGCAGCUUAACGAUAGCACAGGAUGCGGCUCGAGCCUCUGCGGUCGCUGGCGCUGAGCAAUCUGGCUCAGGUAGAAGCUCAAGUGAACUCCCUGUGCGCAGGAAGCCUGCAGAUCGUGUCGUUUCUACACCAGUACCGAACAGUGCGAAGAAGCGCAUAGCAAGCCACAGGCACACCCCAAAGCCUAGCAGUGGGUCUACCUCCGAAGAUGAGGAAGAACCGAUCAGCAGCUCAUCCCGGCGGCGAAGAAAAAGCAAUCAAAAGGAGAGCAAACAGAGAGAAUCACCACUCCCCGCUGACAUCACUAUACAGUCUUCUACAAGCUCACUUGACGAUGAGGAGAAGGCGGCCAAGACUGUACGGGACAAGAAAAAGAAGGCGAUACUAAAACAUCUCCCUCCAGGCGUCGAUGAUGCGGCUGCCAAGGCCAUAUUCAACGAAAUUGUCGUCCAAGGAGACGAGGUUCACUGGAGCGAUGUGGCGGGGCUGGAAAUUGCCAAGAAUGCUUUGAGAGAGGCUGUCGUGUACCCCUUUCUGCGCCCCGAUCUAUUCAUGGGCCUUCGCGAGCCUGCAAGAGGUAUGCUGCUCUUUGGGCCACCGGGGACCGGCAAAACAAUGUUGGCUCGCGCGGUUGCCACCGAGUCCAAGUCGACCUUCUUCUCCAUAUCGGCAAGCAGCUUGACGAGCAAAUACCUUGGCGAGUCGGAGAAACUGGUGCGUGCGCUCUUUGCGCUGGCAAAGGCCAUGGCACCGAGUAUAAUAUUCGUCGAUGAGAUAGACUCGCUUUUGUCUCAGCGCUCUGGGUCUGGAGAACACGAGGCGACGAGGAGGAUCAAAACGGAGUUCUUGAUUCAGUGGAGUGAUCUGCAGAGGGCGGCAGCGGGACGUGAGAGCCCGGGAGUAGGGAGGGAUUUGGGAGGUGAUGCGAACCGAGUUUUGGUUCUUGCUGCCACCAACCUACCAUGGGCAAUUGACGAGGCGGCAAGGCGCCGUUUUGUGAGACGCCAGUAUAUUCCAUUGCCAGAAGCGGAAACGAGGAAGAUCCAGUUGGAGACGCUCUUGGGUGAGCAGAAGCACAAUCUUACCGCUGAUGACAUUGCUGAGUUGGUGAGGCUGACUGCUGGUUUCUCUGGCUCUGACAUAACUGCACUCGCGAAAGAUGCUGCCAUGGGCCCUCUUCGUUCACUGGGAGAUGCUCUGCUUCAUAUGACCAUGGACCAGAUCCGUCCGAUUGAAUUAGGUGACUUCCAAGCCAGCCUCCGCAACAUCCGGCCCAGUGUCAGCAGGGAAGGUCUCAAAGAAUAUGAGGACUGGGCCAAGCAAUUUGGAGAGCGUGGUGGGUGA